AUGAAGAUCGAGGAAUCAAACUCAAAUGAAAACUAAAUUGAAGUUAAAGAUUCUAUAGAUAAGUAGAACAAAAUUACAUAGAAAUAGAAUGAUAUUAUAUUAAUCGAUCAGAUCACGGAUUGGGAACUGGCAAAGAAAGCCUUUGUUAACCAACUUCAGGACAUUUAUGAUUAUUGUUAAGUUAUCCUACUUAAUCAAGAAUUGGUUGGAUUCAUUUUAGUUUUAAUUAUUAGCUACUCGUUUUAUUUGAUGAUUAAAUAAGAAGACAUUAAAUUAAAGCAAAAGAGCAAGAAUUCACAACAACAGCAACAAAGAAAACUCAAUAGCAAUCCAUAAACUAUUUAAAUUCUUUCGGAUUCCCUUGAACAGAAGAAUUAAGCAUUACCACAAAUGUCAACUAUACAUGGCUCAAUUUGUUAUGCUGAAAGAGUAAAUAAAACCAUCGAUGACUUGAUUGUUAAUGAAAAAGGAAUCCUCCAAAGGUCCAGCUCCCAUCCACUUUUGAAUAAGCAGGAUCAAUCAGUCGAAGAACUUAAUUGCCUAUUGAGAGAUAUAAACUGA